UACUGUUAUUAGCCUUCCCUGUUUUCAUUUCCGGUGUAAACAAUAGUGAAGAAGGAAAACUCAACUGGCAACUGCAAACUUAAAUUUAAUCAUGUGACAGUGGCUUGAAAUGUGUUUUCAGUGAGCUAUCUACCAUAUUUACUUUGGAGAAUCUCAAUCAAAUACAGCUGACAAUGGAUUCUGAGGAACAAGAAUCCUUGUUGCCCCGGCCAAGAACCAGGUCCCAACAGCCCCCCAUUGACAGGUGCAACGCUGUGUUUAUCGUGUUCUACUUUAUUGGCAUUGGGUCCUUACUUCCCUGGAAUUUCUUUAUCACAGCUAACAAGUAUUUCCAGUUUAAACUCAGGAACACCUCCCUUCCCUGGGAUGAUGGAUACUUUAAAACAGAUCUUCAGCUUAACUUUGAAAGCUCCAUUACUAUUGCUUCAACUGUGCCAAAUGUUGUGUUCAACUUUAUCACUGCUUUUAUGGCAUCCAGGAUUCCUCUGAAAGGGAGGAUGAUAUUUUCCAAUGUUGUGGUCAUAGUUGUUUUCAUCAUAACGUUAUUAUUAGUGAAGAUUGAUAGUGAUAAUUGGCAAGCAAUAUUUUAUUCCAUUACAUUGUUGUCAGUUGUCAUUCUUAGUGCUGCUAGCUCUGUCUAUAUGGCAUCCAUGUUUGGCUUGGCAGGCAUGUUUCCUAUUCAGUACAUGCAAGCAAUUAUGAGUGGACAGGCAAUAGGAGGGGUGUUUGCAGCCCUGGCCAAUAUCUUGUCCAUAGCCCUCAGUGGAUCUAACGAGAGGGACAGUGCUUUCGUGUUUUUCACCAUAGCGACUGUGACAAGCCUAGCAGCUUUAAUAGGAUACCUCUCCCUGUAUACCAAUGACUUUUCAAAGUUUUACAUUAAUUAUCAAGAUGUACUAGAAAUUAUUGAGCCUGAAGAAAAUGAUAACGAUGAAGUCAGUACACCAAGUGAAAACAGUGUACAGUAUACCCCACCUCCAAGUACAGGCUCACCUUACUUAGCUGUCUGUAAAAAGAUUUGGUUAGACAGUUUAGGAGCUGGCUCUGUCUUCUUUGUCUCCCUGACUUGUUUCCCAGCAUUGGCCUCUGCCAUUGUGUCAACUCUGGAUGUCUCCAGCGUGUGGAAAGAUCAGUAUUUUUCUGCUGUUGUGUGUUUCCUUCUGUUUAAUAUGGGGGACUGGUGUGGCAGGGCAACAGCUGGUGCUAUCAAAUGGCCCACUGAGCGACAUAGAAAUAAAAUUCUUAUAGUGUGUGCCAUUCGAGUGGUUUUUAUACCUCUGAUAUUUUUUUGUAAUAUACAACCAAGAGUAUAUACAGAAACAUUUUUCGAUAAUGACUUUUGCCCGCUAGUUUUCAUUUUAACUCUGGGAUUAACCAACGGAUAUUUCUCCACACUCUGCAUGAUGUAUGGCCCAAAGAGAGUAGAAAGCAGAUAUGCGGAGUACGCUGGGACAUUUAUGUCUGUUUCCCUGACUGUGGGUUUAGCCGGUGGUUCCCUUCUAGGAUUCCUCCUCCUGAAACUAGUUUGAAACUCCACUAUGUUGAAUCUUUUAUUUUAUAAUUAAUAAUAUUAUUUUUAAGCAAGAUCUGAUUGUUUGCAUAGCAGGGGCAGGUCCAGGUCAUUUUUUGAAAAGAUGUGGGGGGGGGGAGUUUUAAGCAUAAAAACUGUCCAAUCUUGGAAAAAGGAAGGCAGUCUUCAGUGGGGUCAACUUGAUUUGCUUCUGCAUGCUUUUUUAUUGUACAUUAAUUUUUUUUCAAUAUCCUUUUUAAUUUUUAAAUGACAGGAUAUACAGGAAAAAAGGAUAUUGGUAUACAUGAUGCAUUUAAAAUAACUGGCAAAUUAACUUUCAUUUUUUAGUGUAAGUUGAUACAUGGAAUCCAUGACAUUAUUAAUUCUACUGGCUGUGAAUAGAUCUUAAAAAUAAAUGUAUACAUGAAGGGUAAAAAUGUCACUAUGAUUAUUUGUUUAAAUUUAUUUGGAAUGUUUUUUUUGUACAGUAUGAUAU